CAAUAAUUAUAUCAGCAAAUAAUGAUUACGUUAUCCCUUUUAUUGACUUGAUUGUUUUCGGCAAAGCUAUCAGUCGAAGUAUAAUCGGCACUGUAUAAAGGACAUUCAGAAAUGUCCAAAAUACUGCUCAUAGCCUUGAGCUUCACGCUCUUGGCUGUCGCUAAAGGCGACCACCCUGUAUCAUGGUACAGGGAUUUCGAAGACUUUCCCCUCCCAGAUGUACCAGUUGCAAGAAAUGCUGAACGCGCAUACAGAUUGCCUAAGACCGUGGUACCUUUAGAAUACGAUAUUUAUAUUGAUCUUUACUUUGAUGAGGCAACAGACAAAAAGGAUUACAGUUUCGAGGGACGAGAGAGUAUACUCAUAAAGGCUACCGAAGCAGACGUUAAAGAAAUAGUACUUCACGCAAACGUAGACAAAGUAGAAUCAGUUACCAUUGCUGAACAUGUAGGCACUACCGGGCCUGGCACAGCUAAAUCUGUUCAAUUCGAAACAGAAGAAUUAUACCAUUUCUUGAAGAUCAAACUUGAUGAAGCCUUGAAGCUUGAUGUCAAUUAUACAUUGAAUAUUGAAUAUACUAAUACAAUGAACGAAGGUCCGAUGAAGAGAGGAAUCUGGAGAGGAUAUUAUACUGAUGCUAAUGGGCGAGAACGAAUCUAUGCCACCACUCACUUCCAGCCAUACAACGCCAGACAAGCAUUUCCAUGCUGGGAUGAGCCUCUAUUCAAAGCUGUCUUCAAACUGCAUAUAACUAGACCUGCUGCUUACGUAGGCACAUUCUCCAACACCAUUAUUCUAUCUAACACAACUUUGGCCAAUGGUCGUGUCCGUUCUGACUUUGCUCCCACUCCUGUUAUGUCAUCAUACCUCGUCACCUUCCUCGUCAGCGAAACAUUCCAAGUGCUUGCUGAAGAUACCUCCUUCAAACCAGCUAUCAGGAUCAUCGGCAGAUCUAACACAGUUGGUUUAGCAGACCACGCCUUGGACCUUGCUGUCAAGAUGACAGAGUUCUUUAACAACUAUUUCGAAAUGCCUUACGAGACAUUGCACCCUUAUUUGCUGAAUGACCAUAUUUCAUCUCCUGACUGGGCUUCGGCUGGAACUGAAAACUGGGGAAUGGUCAGUUACAGAGAGCUGUACUUAAUCAUAAACAAAUCAGAGACGAUCAUGUCUAACGAACACUACGCAGCCACCUUGGUAUCUCACGAACUGGCACACAAGUGGUUCGGCAACUUGAUCACUUGCUACUGGUGGAGUAACACCUGGAUCAAUGAGGGCUAUGCCAGCUACUUCGGUUAUAUUGCCACCAAUGUGAUGUUCCCCGAAUACGAGUUCCCCGACCAUUUCAACAGCCGCUACCUUCAGAAUUCCUUGUCUUUCGACUCGGGCUCUGGAACUGUACCAUUGAACCAUGAAGUUAAUACUCCUCUACAAGUAACUGGCCAUUUUGGAACGAUCAGCUACUCGAAAGCUGCUGCCUUCCUCAGGCAGACUGCUAACAUUAUUUCUGCGGAUACCUUCCAAAAAUCUUGCAAAUACUUUUUGAUGGCAAACGCUUACAAUGCGACUGAUCAAUAUGAUCUUCAAGAUGCCAUGCUUAAAGCGAUUGAAGAAGACGGAAGCCUGGCUGAUUACCCCAAUUUCAGUUUUACGGAAUACUAUAGAAUCUGGGUGAACGAGCCAGGAUACCCUAUUUUACAAGUGAAUGUUAACCAUGCUACUGGAGUAAUUACGCUUACCCAGGAACGCUUCUUCAUAAGCGGAACAGGCAACUCCGCUGGAACAGUAUAUCCCAUACCAAUCACAUACUCAUCAAAGGGUAACAGAACCUUCGACAAUUUGAAGCCUGAAAAGAUGAUGAGUCUUCCCAGUGACACUAUUACGAAGAACGCUGCCGAAGAGUGGGUCAUAUUUAAUAACAAACAGCAUGGUCACUACAGAGUUAACUACGAUGAGAAGACAUGGGGAUUGAUUUCCGAAGCUCUGCUUAAUGAACCAGACACAAUUCACUACUUGAAUAGAGCUCAGGUCGUUGAUGACGUGUUUGCCCUAAUGAGGUCCCAGAGGAUGACCUUGAACUUUGGUUUCGAUAUCCUGAGAUUCUUGGCCAACGAGACCAACUUCCACGUUUGGGAGCCAGCAAUCUCUGGCUACACUUGGUACAGAAAUAGAUUGAGGCACAUUCCUGACAAACAGGCUCAGUUUGACACAUACAUCUUAGGCUUGAUGGAGCACGCGAUCACUACUCUAGGCUUCGAGCCCGCUGCCAAUGAGACUCCCACCGUGACGAUGGCGAGGCAGAACAUCCUACACUUUGCUUGUAUGCUCGGCCAUGUCAGGUGUAAUCAGGAUUCAUGGGACCGAUUCGUUAACUUGAGAGAUAAUGGUGUGCCUAUUAAUUCCCGAGUUCGUCGUAACGUCUACGUCACUGCCAUGAGAGAGGGUGAUGAGAACGACUUCGACUUCUUGCUCAAGCGAUUCAGGGAGUCCAACUAUGCUAAUGAUCAAUUGGAAAUGUUGAGAGGACUUGGAGCUUCUAGAGACCCUAAAUUGCUGACCAGAUACUUGGAACUGACUCUAACCAAAGAAGUGAGGUCUCAUGACAAACUGAACUCUUUCAACUAUGCUCUGCUUGGAAACCGAGAGAAUGCCUACACUGUCUUGCAGUUUGUCAAGGAAAAUAUGGAUGCCAUUAGAACAGCGUACGUCCACGAUGCUCCUCCGAGACCAGUGCAGAGUGCAUUGACUAACCUCGCUUCAUAUCUGGAUGAACCUGGAUUAGUUGAGUAUGACCACUGGCUUCGCACAGCUCAUCCGUACCCUCUCGCACCUGAGUUCGUUGCAGCAAUCAAUGCAAUCCCAGCAGCCAGAAACAAUAUGGCUUGGGGCACUGUUAACGCGGACUCCAUUUUGGCAGCUGCGAAAGCGUCCGCAGCGGUACCGAUGACUUCAUUAGCCAUGCUCGUCACCAUAUCUGUCUUGUUGUUCGUUGUUUGAACGUUUUAGAUUUAAGCAACGUUGUUGUAUUUAUUGUUGUUGAAAUAUACUUUUUUAUUUUUGGA